CCAAUCAGCAACCAGUAAUGAGUCUUACCAUAGUAGCUGUUUAAUCUUUUGUUUUCCUGAAGCACAUGAUUGUCAAUCACUGACUGAAUCUUAAAGAAACGUUCUUUUUCAAUGUUUGGCGAGAUUCAACAUACAAUACAAUUAAAACCUAAUGACUGAUUUGGCUCUGCUGCAUUUUUCAUUUGACCUAUUUUGGCGUAGUUGAAGGUAAGCGCUAACAUUGAUUAGACUUUGAAUGUGUUCUUUAAAUGAUCUACGAUGUCUUCUGCAAAAGUUAUGAAAAGGCUGAAAUUGGGACUUUGCGGAUCAGCCAGCUUCGACAAACUAUCCGAAUCCAAAAUGGAUGACACCGAAGAAAAACUACCUUAUAUUAUGGACUACCUCACACCAAGCAUGGUUGAAGAAGCAAAACUUCAACUUAGGGAAACGGAAGAGGUUAAAAUCAAAGCAUUGGAGGAUUUUAGGGCUCUUAUAAGAAAAGAAAAAAACUUUGUAAUACCAAUGGACGAUGCCUUCCUACUUCAAUACCUCCGAGCUCGUAAGUUCAACGUGAAAAGAGCCUUCAAACUCCUCCAAAAUUAUUGGAUAUUUAGGCGAGACCAUCGAAAAAUCUUCGAUAGCUCCAACUCCGAUAUAGUUAUCCAACUGAUAUUAAGAAAUUAUAUAGGAUUUUUACCAUAUCGUGAUAGGCAAGGUUGUGUAGUGGCAAUAUUUAAAGUAGGUUUAUGGAAUCCUGAUUCUGAUAACCUUGAACAACUAUUUAGAGCUAUUGCUGCUAUUCUAAUUCAUUCCAUACAGUUUCCCGCUUCACAAGUUUGUGGAUAUCGAAUGAUUUUUGAUGCCCGGGGACUUUCUUGGUCGCAAAUGAAAAUGUGCACUCCAGCUAAUAUUCUUCUCCUUAUCCAUUCCACACAGCACUGUUUUCCUGCAAGGUACAAAGGAUUUCACAUUCUAUCAGAAAACAAGCUUUUUAAUUUGGCAUGGUCCAUAAUUUAUCCUCUUUUAACAUCAAAAUUAAAACGUCGAGUAAUGUUGCACGGUUCGGACUUGUCAGCUCUACUGGAUUACAUCAGUCCCUCUGUUCUUCCACUUGAAUAUGGAGGAGAAGCUGAAUCACUCGAUAACAUCAUAUACAAGGAUGUAAUUAAAGAAAACACUGAAAAAGUUCUGGAUCAAUUGAAUUAUGGUUACAAAGAUUAAGACAAAUGCUAUGAUUAACUUAAAAUAAUGCCUUAGUGUGUGUGUGUUCUUCUUACUGGUAUCAUUUUCCUAUUUUGUGUGAGAAAGAUUUGCAUUUAAUACAUAUCAGUUGUAUUGUUUUUCGAUAUAAAUAAAUGUUCUUUUUUGAAUAUUCAA